ACGCACACACAUAAAAACAGAGAGAUACAUUAUAGGUUGAAAAAUUUUCUUAAGCGAUAAGGCGCUCGAUUUUAAUCAAUUCGCCCAAAAUGAUUAGUUCGAAAACGAUAGACUCGAACGCGUCGAUACGCGUGUUGCGAUUUUUCUUUCUUUGAAAUGUGACACAGACAUGAGUACAUCGAUGGUCGAUCGGACGAUCGAGUACUGGAAAUUUUUUCGCGCCUGUAUUGUCGAAACUAAAUCUUUAAUAAAUCGCACCUCUAAACGAAAUGUAUCCAUCGCCGAAGACUCGGAUCAGGAAAAUGUCGAAGCUAGCCCAGGUACGAAUAUGGAAAAAGAAUACGAUCCUUACGAUCACGUAGGCUGCGAGAAUUCCACCUCGUUUAGCGGCACCGUAUUGCAUUUGUUAGCUUUAAGCCUCAGCCCGACCAUACUCAACAUACCCAGUACCUUUGUAAAGAUCGGAUACGUGAAUGGUUUCAUCGGUUCGUUUCUAAUAAUUAUUUUCUAUUUGUAUUGCGUUCGAUCUAUCAUCACCACAGAGUACACGUUAUGCAAACGAUUACGAGUACCAAAUUUGACCUACACAGAAGUCGUAUAUUACGCUUUUCAAACCGGACCCUCGUGCUUUAAGGGUCUGGCCAAGUACAGCCGAUACAUAGUGGAUGGUAACUUCGUAUGCACUUGGAUAGGAGCGAAUUCCGUUUUCGUAAUAAUAGCUUGUAAAAAUAUCAAAUGUUUUUUCGAUUAUUUCUUCGACGUGGAUAUGAGUAUACGAGAGGUUAUGAUUUACAUAUCAAUUCCAUUAGUAUUACUCUGCUGUAUACCAAAUCUUAAAUACUUGAUACCGUGCUCGAUAUUCGCUAAUUUUAUAAACGUCAGCUGCAUCGUAAUCAUAUUAUGUUUCGUCAUCCAAGACCUUCCUUCGCUGGAAAAUCGCACCGAAUACGGCGACUUGUCAUCGGUACCUUUAUUCGUCGCUACCAUAUUGUUCACCAUCAACGUCACCGGUAUAAUAAUGCCAUUAAAGAACGAAAUGAGAAAUCCCAAAUCGUUCAAUACGAAAUGCGGCGUACUCAACGUAUUCUAUAUACCAUUCAAUUUACUCUACUCGGCUUUCGGACUGCUUUGCUACGUAAAAUACGGCGAUAAUGUAAAGGAAAGCGUCAUUUUAAACUUACCAGGUCGAACGUGGUCUAAAAUGAUCAUCGGUAUGUACGGCAUAGGCAUUUGUUUCUUCUUCCCGUUGAACGCUUACGUGCCAUUCGACAUAAUCUGGAAUUUAAUAUCAAAAAGUAAAUGUCGUAUAAGCGAGAGCAGCGUAUGCAAUUCGUAUCUAGUCAGAGCAACCGUAGCUUUUUUCACAAUUCUGUUGGCCUUCGUCGUGCCCAACAUAGCGUUAUUUUUGUCAUUCACCGGCACCGUAGGCACCGCCAUCGAUAGCAUGAUAUUGCCAGCCACCGCCGAAAUUCUCAUCAGCAUCAACGAUCGCAACAGAUUUUGUAUAUUUUUCAAAAAUUUCCUCAUCAUCGGACUAGGCUUCGUAUUAAUUGUAAUCGGAAUGUACGACGGUAUUUCCCACGUAGUAGCCCAUAUGAAGCAUAAACAUUAAACUUGCCAUGGACAUUUUUUCAAACCCUUUACGUAAGCUGUAUGCUAUCACGUCGAAAUCGAUACUCGAUAAACGUAAAUUAAAAAUACUGCCAGAUAACGUAUCCUCGACUUUUUCUUAUUUUUCCUCGAUUCAAGAGUAUACCUACGAUUUUGAAGAAUGAAUUUACAAACUACCCCCGCAUGCCUCGUCACCCGCCACUCGCCAAUACGCUGCCACCUUCAAAACUUAUACUUAUUCUCGUGUCGAGGUUUCGAGUUAAUAAAUUUUUAAAAAGUAAAUUUAAUUUGUUGCUCCAAAGGACUAGAUAAACUCCGAGUUAUCAACUUUUAUUACGUUUCGUUAGACUCGCUUAUGAAGCCGCACGUACCAUAAAGUCUCUCAAAAUUAGACCACACGAAAAAUACCUUACGGCCGUGAAAUUGACAAUUUUAACUACGCGGUAUGAGAUACAAACGUGGAGAGAGAAAUUAAUGAAAAAGAGCGCGAAAAAAACAAGCGCAUUGAAGAGAGAAGCAGACAAAUUUUUAGGGAGAACAUUAGUUUCAGGCUAUAUACCGACCGAAAAUGUAAUUAAAUUAAAAUAAAUGUUUUGUAAAUAUAAAUUAUUUUUAAGAUGUAAUACCUUUCUCGUAAGACCGUUAUCAGAUCGUUCUUUCUAAGUUAUUAUAAUAUUUAUACUGGAAUAAAAAAAUUCAAGUUUU